AUAAUCCAAAAAACAAAAAUAGGUCUGAGGCCAGCUCCACACAUCUAAACCCUACUUCUUCAUCACCAUCAACAAAUCCAACCCUAAAAAAAAAUGAAAACCCUAAAUCUCCAUCUGAUAAAAUGAUCCCAUAAUCUUCACAAUCCCACACUCAACAGAAAUCCAAAACCACAAUUCUCAACAAUGUCUCAAGAUGGCUCAGCAGCAGCAACAAUGGAUCGGAAGAAGGAUUCUCAAUCAACAACAAACCCUACCCGAAAUGGUAACGGUAACGGUAACGGCGGAACAGCAACAAACGGCGCCGUUUACCCGUCACUCAAUUCUCUGAGGUUGCGUUUAAACCCUAGUAUUGAUCACAAGUCGGAUAAUUAUGAAGAUCUUCAAUUGGAUUUUAGUCCAUUGUUAUUUAGCUCGCUCGAACGGUACCUUCCGCCUACUCUCCUCAAUUCGUCACGUGACCAUAAAGUUCAUUACAUGCGGGAAAUUCUCCUUAAGUAUUGUCCUGAAGGUGAACGUACACGUGUGCAGAAGCAUAGGGAAUACCGACAGAAGAUUAUAUCAAACUAUCAGCCUCUACACAGGGAGUUAUAUACCAUGCAUGCUGCGAAUUUUUUUGUGCCAUCAUUUCUUAAGGCAAUUAGCGAGAACACAGAGGAAAGUUACAGAAACAUAAUGUCGGAACCCUCUCCUGGAGUUUUAACAUUUGAAAUGCUUCAACCACGAUUUUGUGAGAUGAUGUUGGCUGAGGUAGAAAACUUUGAAAGGUGGGUCCGCGAGACAAAGUUCAGAAUAAUGCGUCCCAAUACAAUGAACAAAUUUGGUGCCGUUCUUGAUGACUUUGGCCUCGAAACUAUGCUUGACAAGUUGAUGGAAGAUUUCAUUCGUCCCAUUUCAAGAGUUUUCUUUACUGAAGUUGGUGGAUCCACACUUGAUAGCCAUCACGGUUUUGUUGUCGAGUAUGGGAUGGAUAGAGAUGUUGACUUGGGUUUUCAUGUUGAUGACUCAGAAGUAACUUUAAAUGUGUGCUUGGGUAAGCAAUUCUCUGGUGGAGAGCUGUUCUUCCGUGGAGUGCGGUGUGAGAAGCAUGUAAAUACUGAAACACAACCUGAGGAGAUCUUUGAUUACUCCCAUGUCACGGGGCGUGCAGUGCUUCAUCGUGGUCGCCAUCGGCAUGGUGCUAGAGCAACAACAUCGGGGCAGAGGAUCAACUUGUUGUUGUGGUGCAGAAGUUCUGUCUUUAGAGAGCUAAGGAAGUACCAGAAAGACUUUUCCGGCUGGUGUGCAGAGUGCCAGCGCGAGAAGAAGGAAAGGCAACGACUGUCCAUUGCUGCUACUAAAUUGGAGCUGCUGAAAAGAGAAGGGGAAGCUGCUACAUAGCUGUUCAUUCUGUUUUCCUGCUAAUUUUUUUGUUCGUCCUUUUGCCUCAUGUAAUAUAGCUGUAUGCUCAUAUUCAAGGCCGAAGAACUUUCGUGUUAGAUAUAAUAUAAUAUAAUAUAAUAUGAAAGGGUGUUGUUUGUGUUACUGAAAUAGCUGUACAUGUAAAUCGAGUAGGUACCCUUCUAUUUGCCAACUGAGAUGGUAUCAGUACAAAACUGGCAAUCGGGUAAACAUUGUUUUAUAGUUAUGUUUGUUAAUGGGGGCAAUUUCUUUCUCAA